AGGCAUUCUCUGCUACUCUGUGGUUUCAGCAAUUCAUACACGCGUUGAAGAUACAUACAUACCAGAAGAUACAAAAUGGAUGUGAAGAGAAAGAAGAAUUACUUCUCCAAUUAUGGAAAUCAGAAGAGGCGUAAACAAUUCGUCUUGGAAUCGGGGAUGACCGGCUUUCUGUGCACGUGCAAUUUCCGCGAGAAGGAUUGCGUCCGUGACGCGUAUAAGAUUCUCGACAAAUACUCUAUUCAGCUUUACGGACCCGAAGGGAUCAAGACAAGUGGUGAACUCAAGGAUGAGAAGAAAGGAAACGGAGACCCUCCUGAAGGUGAGAAGGAUGGUGCCGAAGAGGAUAUCUUAAUUGCUAUAAACAAAGAACUUGAUGAAUUAAAAGCAGUAUCGAAGAAAGAUGUUUCGCAGAAAAGAUUUCAGGUUGUAGACACAGGUGCAAAAAAUGUUAUAUUCAUACGAAGUAGCUUACCUAAUCCUUUAGAAGUGGUUUCUACAAUCAUUAAAGAGUUGGAUGAAACAAAGAAACAACAUACACGGUUUUUACUAAGGAUACUACCAAUCGAAGUCGUCUGCAAAGCUAAUAUGAAUGACAUAAAUGCCAAAGCAGACGUCUUGUUUCAGAAGUAUUUUUCACAGGAACCUAAGACAUUUUGUAUCGUAUUCAACCGGCACAGUAAUAACAGUAUGAAUCGAAAUGACGUGAUAGAGGAUUUGGCAAAGUUAGUAGUAAAGAAAAACCCAGAUAACAAGGCAGAUCUUAAGAAUCCAGAGAUUGCCAUAGUGGUUGAAGUUAUACGUGGAUUUUGUCUUUUGGCCAUAGCUCCAGAUUAUUACAAAUAUAAGAAGUAUAAUCUUUUGGAAAUAUGCAACCCAAAAGAGAAAGAACAGAAGGAGAAUUCACAAGAUAAGCCACCCGAAUUGGAGAAACAGGUUGAUAAAUCUGUAGAUGAGAAGAAUACAAGUGAUAAAGUGGAGCAAGAGGAAAAGGAUGAAAGUGAAACCACCGAAGCAGAAAAAUCAGAGGACACAGAAGACAAAUAGAAUAAAAGAAACAGCUGACGAAAAUAAAGAACAGGAAAGUCAAAUAAAUGAAGAUACCCCUAAAGAAGUUGACAAAGGUAAUGACACAAAGGAAGACACGACUUCAACGGAAGUUGAAGAUGGAACAGAAAAGGAGAAAGUUUCAGACACUGUGCAGGACUAAUGGAAGCUGUCGAUGACAAAGUUUCUUAAUAUUAUGAUACGACUUAAUAUUAUUAUACUUUGAAAAAUUGUUUAUUUAGUUUCAUAAAAAUUCUAUAAAAAUAGAAGGAAAUACUUUUAUGUUGUA